UAGAGCGUACGUAGUUCUUGGUUUCGUGGUUUUUUUAAACCAAAAUUCAAAGCCUUAUCAUGGUUGAAGUUGCUGCAGCACCCGCUCCUGCUACGCCAGUGAAGAAAUCUCCGGCUAAAAAAGCAGCAGCCAAGCCAAAGAUUGCCAAAGCUGCUCAUCCACCAACGUCUCAGAUGGUUUUGACCGCGGUAAAGGAGCUUAAGGAACGAAAUGGAUCUUCUCUCCAGGCAAUCAAGAAGUUCAUUGCUGCCAAGUACCUGGUUGAACCAAAAUCACAGGCUCAUUUCAUAAAAAAAUAUCUUAAAUCAGCUGUGGCCAGUGGAGCCUUGGUUCAAACCAAGGGAGUCGGAGCCGCUGGAUCUUUUAAGUUGCCAGUAACUAAGAAAGCUGCUGCUGAAGGCAAACCAAAAGCGGCAAAGGCACCAAAAGCGAAAUCUAAGCCUUCUGCUACCAAGAAGAGUCCCAAGAAAGCUGCUGCUUCUAAGUCCAAAAAAACUGUUGCCCCCAAAGCCGUGAAAGCUGCAAAGCCAAAAGCUGCUGCCAAGAAACCUGCAAUCAGCAAGAAAACUGCCAAGGCUCCAACUUCCAAGCCCAAGAGCCCCAAAGCCAGGAAAGCUCCAGCUAACAGGGGCACACCCAAAAAGUAA